UGAUCAUAGGAAUAAGUUAAAAUAAAGCGUGCAAUUUUGCAGCAUUUCUACCAUCCUAUGUAGGAUGUUUUCAUGAAAGUGUUUUUUUCUUACAGAAUGGAGAGCUAUGAAGAAUUUUGCAAAGCUCGACUUGCUCAGAUCAAAGCGAAGGUCAAAUUGGGAAAUGAUUCUCCACUGGCAACCAAGCAGGGAGAGUCUUUGAUCCAGUUUCAUGGCAUUGCCAUACUGCCGCCACUGCUUACCCCAGUGCAAAGGAAGGAGAUGCAGGAGUACCAGUUAAACACUUCAACGCCUGGUGAAACCUCAAAGAACAAACUGAAUGAAACACAAAUAAAUAGGCGAUUAUUGGAGGUGCAGAAUCUGCUUAAUAGUGUGCAGAUAAGGAAAGCACCAUCAAUACAGGAGUUUGUGAAAGAUUGUUCACUUCUGAUUUCACCCAGCAAGCCAUUGAGUAUGAGCAGUGGAUUUAUAGAAGACUGGAACUCUACAGCUGACCAAAGUACUUUGCACAGAACUUCACUCAGGUGCAUCGAGUCUCUAAUAUGUGAGUCUAUUAGCACUCAGGUAUCUGAUGCAAUUAAACCAAACUCUGCAAUGGACCCUGGCAAUGUUCCUGGAAUAGCCUCCGUUAUAAUUACUGAAGAAUCUGUUCAAAAGAAUAGUCUAGAUUAUAAUGAAAGCUUCUGCACAAGUAUUGAAUGUGGGAAAACCAACGUAAAUUGUCACAUUAGUUGUGCUCCGAUGCUAGAUGACUCUAAAGAUAAAAUUGUUCAUACUAAUACAAAUUUUACAGUACUUAAAGAAAAUGGACCAAAAACAGAACAGACAUCUAUCAAUUCUAUCGAUAAACAGGAGGAUUCAUGUCAAACGGUGAAUGGUGACUGUACAGUUUUAUCAACUGGGAAUAAGAAGAACACUUAUUCAGAACAAAGCCACUCCCAUCAUUAUAUUGAUGAGGAAACUGCUCCAAAUCAGGACUCCUCACCAGAUCCUUAUGCAUUAAGUCUUCAAAACCUAUUGAAAAAAUCAAGGGAGUAUCGAGAUAGGCAGCGACAAGAGAAGCUAUUGAAAACCUUGCAAUGCAAAGUACAGUCUGACAAAGAAAAUGAGACUAAAGAUAGUAAAGAUAUGGAGGAAAGAAAACUUGUUUCAGGGAAACCCACAGUGCCUGAUACAAUAUUGAAAGUUAAUCAAGCCAGACCAUCUGUUUUCCCACACUAUUCCUGUGAUUCCUCUGAACCACACCAAACUAUUGCAGACGGUAUUAUGAACGAACAUGAAAAGAAUGCAAGUCGAAGCAAUUGUCAAGCUUUACCACAAGAAAACACAAGUACCGAAAUGCAUGAGCUCAGUCUAAAGAAUGUGGUCCUCUUCUCAAAGUCAUCUAAACCAAUCAAUAAAUCUCACUGCCUCAGGAAAAGCCAAUUACAAUCAAACUCCGUGGGCCAAAGGUCUCAAUGUCAACAAGAAGGUAAAAGUGUGAACAGACCUACAAAAAGUCAGAGUAGAAGUUUCCGAGUGCCCAAUUUACAACUGAGCAAAAGCCCAGUGCUUUCAAAAAAACAGGGCCGCCUGUCACAAAGGAAUCUAGUGAAUGCUCCAAUUGUAAUGGACGGUGAGACGGUGGAACAACGAAAGAAAGAAAGUAGGUCUGAUGCAUUUAGAAGUCAAAUGAAAGUCAGUCAAGCUCAAAGAAAACAUACAGCUGAAUUAGAGUUUAGCAAACCCAAGUUGAAAGCCUUUACAGGCCUUGAGACUACAUUAACUCCUUACUGUGAAGCGGUAACAAAUGAGCUGUUGCUGGACAGCAAAGCUACUCUACUGAACACAGGAAAUGACAAGUGCAUAGAAUCUGAUAAAAAAUCUAUUGCGUUGUGUUCAGGCAAAACACACAGUGGUUUCGGGUCUCUGUCAUAUGGAAACUUUGUCCCGCAGACCAUAUAUAGUUGUGGCACUACUGCAUCUCGUAUGAACAUCUUGCAGUCCUUUGUGACAAAAAAGAUCCAAUGCUCCAGGCAAUUAUUUCCACCAAACAUUCACUUAGCAGCAAAACCUUUGAAGACCAGUCCAAAACUCACCAGUUAUACAAUGGAAGAUACGAUCAGACAAAAGCAAUAUAUUAACAAAUCAUAUGAUGUGGAGUUCCCUUCUUCACUUUUGUUGCAGGAUUUUAAGUCCAAGCAGGAGCUUGAUUCAAAGAAUCCAACUACUCCCGAAUUUGGACUGAACAUACGGGACUCUAGAGUCAAAAGAAGAUUAAUCUUGAAUUCUGCCAGUGAUGAGCAAGAACAGCCGCCAGCUAGUAUGCCUUGUUCUUCCAAAGUAUCUUUUCAUUUACAUCACUUGAGUCGAGCUUGUGAGGAAAGUGAAGUUCAGUCAGUUGGUGAAGUGGAAAAACAUCUAUUAGCUCUUGCACAAAAGAGAUGCCAGUUACAGGAAGAACACGCACAACAACUUGCAGAUCUGUUGGCUGAGCAAAGAAAACGGAAGGAAAGUCUUCUCAAGCUGGGGUUGGGUGUUCUGGAGAGAUGGCCAGACAGAUUUCUAGCACUGAUUAAAGGAUACCUGACGCGAAGAGUCUUACGUACCAAGAGGCUCAUGCAACUGUCACAAACAAUCAAGGAUACACAGCAACUUUUGCUGGCUCUUCAAACAGGAACGCCUAUGAGGAAUGGUUUGAUAUCAGCUCGUGAUGCCUUGUUGAAGGAGAGAGUUCGAUGCCAGCUUCGAGCUGCACUAUACGAAGUCCAUGAUAUUUUCUUCCUCAUAUCUUCUGCUGAAAGAAUGCAAAUAAUCCGACAUGAUCAAGAUCUGCAGCAGAAUAGGCUGAAUCAGCAGGAACAUGGGAGCGUUAAGAAGAAAAUAUCAGCAGCUACUCAGAAAGUACUAGAGAGGAAGAGAAUGCGCAUGUUCUCUGUUGGCACUAUAGGUGAACAGAAAAUACCAAAAAAAACACAGCCUGCAAGAAAACCAAGAUUACGAUGUCAGAGGAAACAGAUCACAGCGUUUGAGUAAUUCUAGAUCAUGAUCUUGCAACGGCUUUGCAUCAAGGCUUAACCCAUUGUCGGACCUUUGCCGAUGCUUGACCUUUGAAGAUUCGUGAGGCUUGUUUUGAGGAAAAGCAAAAUGUUGUUCCCUCCAGAAAGACUUCCUGCCAAGAUCAGAAUCUUCAUUUCUUGGAAUAACAGCAGUGACCUAAAGUCCCACCACUAAAUGGUUCAGUGCUUAUUAUAUCAACAAGCUGAAACACUGGUUUUAUCUUAAAAGGGAUAAAACUGUUCAAUAAUAAAUUGUUCACUCGAUCCACGACUGUUUGUGGGACACUGCUGUGCUGCCGCAUUUCGCCCACAAACCAUGUUUCGGCGGUUCACUUUACAGUAUAUUCUGUGAAGCGCU